AAAGUCAUCCAUUUCCGCUGCCUUGUUACUGUUUCACAUCUUCAAAGACUGCUUUUGAAGCUGAAUAAGAACAAAAUUCCUUUGACAAACAGAGCCGAAAGAGAAUCAAAUCACCAACUUCCACGAUUUCGUUUUAUGCAUUUUUCCAAUCUUGCAAGCGAAAAAGUUUCUCGGCGACGGCUUUGAUUAGCCAACGAGUUUCUGCAAAAGAUUGAGUGAAAAUGCUGAAAUCGUGUUCUGGAGAUUAGGAUUUUUAUUGCCGGAGCGGAGUUGAUUGACGGCGGAGAUGGUGGUUAGAAAAAUCGGCAUUUACGAGGUCGGAAGGACGAUUGGAGAAGGUACUUUUGCAAAGGUGAAGUUCGCUCAGAACACUGAGACUGGUGAGAGUGUUGCUAUGAAAAUCCUCGACCGGAGCACCAUAAUCAAGCUCAAGAUGGUCGAUCAGAUAAAGAAGGAGAUUUCUAUCAUGAAGCUUGUGAGGCACCCUUACGUUGUUCGUCUUCACGAGGUUCUUGCAAGCCGUACUAAGAUUUAUAUAAUCUUGGAGUACAUUACUGGUGGUGAAUUGUUUGACAAAAUAGUGAGUAAUUCAAAUAAAGAGCAUUGCUUAAGGAAGAUGCGUUGCUUGAAGUUUUGAAACUAUUGCUUAUUUUAUAUCCCAAUAGUUCAUGAUGUAAUUUGUGAUGUCCCACGUUGGUUGUGGAGGAGAACAAAUCACCAUUAUAAGGAUAUGGAGACCUUUCCCUAGUA